GGCUAUAUUUCAAACAUGAAACUAUUCCUUGUCUUAGCAGCAGUGUUAGCCGCAGUGAGUGCCCUUCCCAUCGAGGAGCGCAUUAACGGCGAGAAUGGAUGGUUUAUCCCUCGCGUUGAUGGAUCCAGUGAAUGGAUGGAUUUGGAGGAGGCUGAACAGUUGUUGUCGAACGGAGAGCUGAUGGAAGGACGCAUUAGCACCAAUGCCGUAUCCUUCUACCUGUACACCAGGUCCAACCCCACAAGCGGUCAGGAGAUUAGUUCCAAGGGUUCUUCCGUUGCCAACUCCCACUUCAACAAGAACCAUCCCACACGUUUUGUUAUUCACGGUUGGACCCAGAGCUAUACUGAUUCGAUGAAUACCAGAAUUACUGAGGCCUGGUUGUCCAAGGGAGACUACAACAUCAUCAUCGUGGACUGGUCUCGUGCCCGUUCCGUGGACUAUGCCUCCUCUGUCAUUGCUGUGCCCGGAGCAGGCGCCAAAGUGGGUGACAUGAUCAAGUACAUGAACGAGAAACACGGCAUGUCCCUGGAUACUCUUUAUGUCAUCGGUCACAGCCUGGGUGCUCAAGUCUCUGGAUAUGCUGGCAAGACCGUCGGCGAAGGCAGAAUUCAUACAAUCAUUGCAUUGGAUCCCGCUCUUCCCUUGUUCAGCUACGACAAGCCCAAUAAGCGUCUAUCCUCGGACGAUGCCUUCUAUGUAGAAUCCAUUCAGACUAACGGCGGCAAGCUGGGUUUCCUUAAGCCCAUUGGCAAGGGUGCCUUCUACCCCAACGGAGGCAAGAAGCAGCCUGGAUGUGGAGUCGAUGCCACUGGCUCCUGCUCUCACGGACGCUCUGUAACCUACUACGUGGAAGCUGUUAAGCAGAAUAACUUUGGAACCAUCAAGUGCAGUGACUACGAGACUGCCGUGGCCAAGGAAUGUGGCAGCACCUACAGCAGCGUUCGUCUUGGCGCCGAUACCAAUGCCUACAUGGUCGAUGGCGAUUUCUAUGUUCCCGUCAACAGCAAAGCUCCAUUCGGCAUUAUUCACUAAGCAUUUGCCAAUUC